CUCCCGGCUGCGGCUCCCGGCCCGGCUGGAGACGAGGGGGUGCCCCGGGGGCUGCGGGCAGAGCCGGGGGCUGGCGGGAGGGAGCCGCUCCCCGGCCAAGGCGGCCGCUCCCCUUCCUCGCUGCGCGGAGGCCGCGACCAGGCAGGGUUUAAACCCGGUCCCUGAUGUUUUGGGACCCUCCCCUGACAUGGUCAUCCUUUCCAGUUGAUGCUCCUAGUUGUCAGCAUGAAAGGAAAAACGGCACACUGCGAUUGGAAAUCUGCACCCCAAGAGAAGCCCUCUCCCUGCGAUCGAUAUAAACAUGCUUGCGUUAUUUGCAGAGGGUUUGUUUAUCUUUAUGGAGGGAGGAACACCACCAGUCUAAGAGAUUUUUGGAGAUACAAUCUGGUGUUUCUCCCUCAAAACGAUCGUCUACCUCAAGCAACUACCUAAGCCUUAUAAAUGCUGUUGAAGAUCAACGGAUGUGUGAACUGCAUUAUGUUCACUGGGCAAAUGGGAGGAAUGAAUGGGAGAUGCUGGAUUGCUCAAGAGAUGGUCCAGAAGAACUGGAAGAACAUUCAAUGGUGGCUUACAAGGGCACCCUGUGUAUUUUUGGUGGAAUGGUGGAUUCUGCUUUCACGCAAGCAAAAACCCCUCUCUGGAUAUAUGAUACUGAUUCUGCAAGAUGGACAGAGUGCCGUAACGUACCAGCAGAGACUGAGAGCUUGGCACCAACGAACAGAAAAGGUCACAGCGCAGUAGUGUACAAUUCCAGCAUGUAUAUCUAUGGGGGAUACCUUGGUAUCAGAGGCAUUUCACAAGAAUUUUGGUCUUUCAAUUUUGAUACAAGAAAAUGGUUGUGUGUUUCCACCCCACCUCACAACAGUGGGCCUGGAUCUCGUCAUGGGCAUUCAGCAGUGGUCUAUCAAACAGGCAUGUAUCUCUUUGGAGGACUGAUGGGGCUGAGUGAACAGAAGGACUUUUGGAAGUGGGACUUCAUAAACAGCAGCUGGUACAACAUCAGAACAAGCCAAGGACCUCCUCCAGUGGUAGGUCACGCUUCAGUGGUCUUCAAAGACUCAAUGCUGGUUUUUGGUGGAGGGAUUUCAAACUCCAGUCCUAACGACGACCUCUGGAAGUACCAUUUCCACACACAGACAUGGAAGAAGCUAAGUAGUAUUACAAAGGCAAACUUUUUUCCUAAAAUGUAUCACUGCACCCUAGGAAUUGGUGUUGCUUUUCAAACUACCUCAGGUUCCCCUAAUACAUCCCCCAGUCACUGGAAGGGCAAGCAGAAGGACCGCCACCCGCUGCUGACCAUCCCAAAGCACAGCCGCUUGUGCGACUACUUCUGUCGUCAGCCUCUCUUCCCAGCGCUCAGCAAGGAGCAAAGCGACGCGAUUGAAAUGAAAACCUUCAGCUUGCCUCUGGAGCCAGCGGGCUUCUGUGCAUUUCAAACCACUUCGGAGGCAGAGCUAGAUCCAAACAGAUCAACCAGCAUUUUGUCAAAGAAAAAACCCACCCAUCUGUUUGUCUCUUCAGAAAAAGAGACCUUUGCUGCUGCUGUGCUUGUGGAAGAAGGAACUGACUGUCAGGACGCGACUGCAGUGGAUGAAGUUAGCAGUGACACCAAUGUGCUGCUGGUCAUUGGGGGUAAACCUUUGUCCAGCUUCUCUGAAAUCUCAUUGUGGCAAAUCGGGUGCGAUAGCUUGUCACCACUUUGAUUGCAAAGCAGAAGGAUAAACUCCCACCAACAUGCUAGGAGGUGUUGAACCAACCACUUGCAAGUGUUUUUUUUCCUAGUGGUGCACUGGGAAAAAAACGAAACCUUCUUGUAGUUGCUAUGAACAGACUUUUCACAAUGUGAAAAACCUCUAUAUAUGUAAGUCACAACUUACAUAAGCGUUACAGUUUCUGAGAGGAGCACGUGGGAACACUACUGCUUUUGUUACUGCUUUUGUUACUUUUCCUUCUGGUCAGUUAAUGUCCUUUCAACUUCCAGCGGCCAAUGCUGCCUUGAAAAUGACAGCUACAAUAACCCUACCUCCAUACCUGCCAUUUGCAGUGCAAAGCUUAUUUUGUGCUGGGUUAAGUAAAAGAAACACUCAUAAAACCACACUGAAAUCAAGUUUGCGCACGUUACAGUCAUGCUUGGCUAUGAGAGAUUUGUUGAUCUUAAUAGCACUGUUUUCUAAGACAUUUAAGAUUGCAUUUUCUUCAAAGAUUUCUGCUUUUUCAACUCCAUCACUGUUUUGUAAGCAUAUGUAUCAAGUAUUUGUUACACGUUUCCCGUCUAUAUCAAGUAAAAGUAAAUCCUGAGCUUUUGUAUGUUCUUUUUUUUUUGUUUGUUUAAAAAUUCGCUAGCAUUUCGAUUCACUGAGAAAGGUGCUUUUGUGAAACCCAGUGUUUCAAGUGUUUAUUUUUGUAUUAGUUACUCAGAUACUGGCCUUCUGAUUUAAUUUGUCCUCAUGUAAGAAGAAAUGAUGAUGAAUGAAAUUACUGGAAAGUGUUAUUUAAUACUUCUCAAUAUUUGAAAAAAAAUUGUUCUCAAAAGUUUCAUAUGAAAUGAAUUUUCAGUGGGAAUAUUUACAGGUACUUCCUUAAUCUCUUUACAAGUUGCUGUAACAUGAAAUCAAUAGGAAAAUUACAUGUGUUUGCAAAAAGCUACUUAAAAGUUAUUUGGACCUUCAGUGACAUUUUUUUAGGACCAGAAUUGUAUGCUGCCAUAUAAAUAAAGCCUGCUGCAUUUCAU